AUGUCAAAGAGACGUGAGGUGGCACUCCAGGCCAUUCAGGCUUACAACGAGUGGAACAUUGAUGCCAUCAUGGCGUACCGCGACGAGUCCUGUACUCAGGAGGUUCUUCCAAAAUCGCUCAAGCGGCCGCCGAUGGAUAACGCCACGUACCGCGCGGCUUUCGGCUCCACGAUGCCACUGUUCAAAAACUUCACAGUCAUGAUAGACGACGUGUUCGAGGACAAGGCCGGCAACAAGGUCGCCAUGUGGGUCCGGUCGACCGCCGAGACGGCCGCUGGCCCGUACCGGAAUGAGUACGUCAUGAUGUUCGACUUCACCGAGGACGGAAGCAAGGUCGUGCGCGUCCGUGAGUUUGUGGAUAGCGCCAUCAGCAAGGAUUUCUUCAACAAACUGAAUGACAAGGUGGAGGAGACUGGGGGCACGUGGGACGCCGCCGCUUGGGGCGUCGGCAAGAAGGCCAAGGGGAAACUCUGA